UGAACUAAACGAUGCAUAAUUUCGCUGAUUCUUGACAAUUUAUUUUCCGAUAAGUUGUCGUGUCGUGCGUGGAAGGGUGUGUGCCCAGUAAAAACCCGCGUGUGCUACUUAAUGUGGUGGCUACAAGAGUAUUAAUCUUCUAGAGAUAUUUUCUUAGUUUUUUGGUUCGAGACAAGACUGCCAACAUGCCGAAAUCGAUGAAUGUAAGGGUGACCACCAUGGAUGCGGAACUCGAGUUCGCAAUCCAACAAACAACAUCUGGAAAACAACUCUUCGAUCAAGUUGUUAAAACAAUCGGAUUGAGGGAAGUUUGGUUUUUUGGACUACAGUACACCGAUUCUAAGGGUGAUCUAACUUGGAUUAAACUGUACAAAAAGGUGAUGAGUCAAGAUGUGAAGAAAGAAAAUCCACUCCAAUUCAAGUUCCGUGCCAAAUUUUAUCCUGAAGAUGUCGCCGAAGAAUUAAUUCAAGAUAUCACUUUACGUUUAUUUUAUUUACAAGUCAAAAACUCUAUCCUAUCUGAUGAGAUUUAUUGUCCUCCUGAAACGUCCGUCCUUUUAGCUUCCUAUGCCGUUCAGGCUCGAUAUGGUGAUUAUUGUAAGGCCGUUCAUACGUCCGGAUUUCUCUCAAACGACAGACUUUUACCACAAAGAGUCAUGGACCAACACAAGAUGUCGAAAGAGGAGUGGGAGCAGAGCAUUAUGACCUGGUGGAAGGAGCAUCGUGGGAUGUUGCGCGAAGACACCAUGAUGGAAUACUUGAAAAUAGCCCAAGAUUUGGAAAUGUACGGUGUGAACUACUUCGAAAUUCGCAACAAAAAAGGCACUGAACUCUACUUGGGCGUGGACGCUUUGGGACUCAACAUUUAUGAAAAAGACGACCGAUUAACUCCCAAAAUCGGUUUUCCCUGGUCGGAAAUCCGCAAUAUUUCGUUCAACGAUCGCAAAUUUAUCAUAAAACCCAUCGAUAAGAAAGCUCCCGAUUUCGUAUUUUUCGCGCCUCGUGUUCGAAUAAACAAACGGAUUUUAUCUCUGUGCAUGGGUAAUCACGAGUUGUAUAUGCGACGUCGAAAACCUGACACUAUAGACGUGCAACAAAUGAAAGCCCAAGCUCGUGAAGAAAAACUAGCCAAACAACAACAAAGGGAAAAACUCCAAUUGGAAAUCGCGGCAAGAGAACGCGCCGAAAAGAAACAACAAGAGUAUGAAGAUAGGAUUAAAGCGAUGCAAGAGGAGAUGGAACGAAGCCAAGCUAAUCUUCUUGAAGCACAAGAGAUGAUCCGACGUCUCGAAGAGCAAUUGAAGCAGUUGCAAGCGGCUAAGGAGGAAUUGGAAAAGAGACAAAACGAGUUGCAAGCGAUGAUGGAGCGUUUGGAGGAAAGUAAGAAUAUGGAAGCUGCUGAACGUCAAAAGUUGGAGGAGGAGAUUCAGGCUAAACAAUUGGAGGUGCAGAGGAUUCAAGAUGAGGUGACGGCGAAGGAUAAUGAGACUAAGCGUCUUCAAGAAGAGGUUGAGAAUGCACGUCGCAAAGAAGAGGAGUUGAAGGCACAACAAAUGGCCAAUGCAACCAAAGGCCAUCUCGAAGAGAAUAAUCACGAUGAGGAUGAUGAAAUGGUCAAUGGGGACGUGAGUAAGGAUUUGACCACCGAUGAGAACAUUGUAGAUCCUGUGGAGGACAGACGCACCCUUGCUGAGCGCAAUGAGCGUCUCCAUGAUCAACUUUUGGCUUUGAAGAAAGAUCUUGCCCAAUCGCGGGAUGAGACGAAGGAAACUGCCAUGGACAAGAUCCAUCGAGAGAAUGUACGUCAAGGCAGAGAUAAAUAUAAAACUCUGCGUGAAAUACGUAAAGGUAACACUAAACGUCGCGUGGACCAAUUCGAAAAUAUGUAAAUCACAAUCAAAUCAAAAUUCCAUAUUAAAACUUUCAAUGCUCAAUACGAGAGAUCAUGUUAAAUUUAAGUUUUGGUUUACUUACCUCUAAGUAUGAUUUUUUUCCAAUGUAAGAUAAAAGUGCUCAUUUAAGUGGCCUUAAAGUUUUUCAAAUCUUAGUUACAUUUUCAUUCUUGUUUUGUUGAAAAUUAUUUUUGUUAGAAUUGUGAUAUGAUAUGAGAGGAGAAAAAAAACAGAUCUGUUAAUUCACUUUCUUUUACAUUUAAAUAGCUUAAACGCAUUCCACGUAAUGGUAGUUUUCCUUCUAAUUUUAGUGCCAUUUGGUUAACGGGCUAUACAAAAAUAAUACUUUUUUAAAUUCGAAUUGAUUCUAAUAUCAACAGCAAAAAUACACUUUUCUUGGCCUGGUGCUUCCUUUAUUGUGUAAAUAAAAGUUACAAUUCGUUUUUUCUACUUACUGUAUUUUUAUCGUGGUUAAAAAGAAAGUUUUUACAAUAUUUUUUCUACAAUACUUAAUCUUUUACUUGUUACAUAUCGUAACGUAAUGUACAUAACAUUUAUUUUUUAAAGACCAUGAUGCCUUUUAGGUAGGUUUGGAUGAUAUUUACACUGUAGUAUGUCAGAUGGGUGAGGAAAAACCGUUCUUCAAAUGGUUUUUAGGAAAGAAAUUAACUAAUCCUUAUUUAAAGUAAACUGCAGAUAUCAAAAAUCUGUUCUAUUAUACAUUUAUAUAAUAUAUAUUUAUCUUGCGAUCACUUGUAUAUUGUACAUCCUAAAACUACGUCGCUAGUUUUUAACAUUUGUAUUCUUCGUAGUUUAUGAGUUAUGUACUAUUAGUAUAAUUAAUAAAUAUUAUUUGGAAAA